AUGAAUUUAGAGCAUUUGAAAAAGCAGGAGGAGGAAAAUUUAAUAAGUCUAAGGAAACUUAUAUCCAUAACAGACCCACUUAGCAUUCCAUUAAAUUCACAAUUAGAUCCGUACAGAAGUAUACGGAAAUCGGUUACUAUUCUAAGGGGACAGAUAAAAUAUUUGAUAGAAAAAUAUGUUGUGUACCUUAAGUCGCUAAAUGGUUAUGAAGUAGAAGGAGCAGUUUUGGAAGUUUGGCUAUGCUCAAUGAAUACCCUAGGUAUUUUUAAUAACGUUCUUCAAGAAUCCAUUCCUUUGAUCCUAGAUACUAAUCUCAGUAUAUUCAGAGAGGGACUAAAUUUAAAUUUUACCACCUACAUUCUUAAAAUAUAUUCUCAGUUAUUAUUUUACAAAGGAUUAUUGACUGGGCAACUUGAAAUAGAGUUGGAAACAGUUCUUGAAAACUUUGAAAAUUGUUUCAAAAGGAUUUAUAUGAUUGAAAAUUAUGGUAUUACUGUAUACGAUGAAGUGCGAGACUUACUAUCAAAGAAUCAUAAUUUGGUCGCAUCAUUAAAGAUACGGAAUGAGGAUAUAGUACGAAAGGGAUACUUUAGAAUGACUAUGAACACAUUAUAUAAAUUCAGUCAAUUGGUUGAACUUUAUCAACUGAAGAAUGGCCAUAUCGCUAUAUUUAAAGUCAAAUCUAAUGAGUUACCUACAUCGAUAAGAACCCCUAAGCAGUUCAUGCAACGAUUAGUUCAAGGAGAAUAUCAAUUACUACAUUUGGGAAAUUCAUUACUGUUUCCUAUAAUAAGACAAUAUGAUUUGAAGAUGGUACAAGAAUUACAAUGUGGAUAUGAACUAAAAACAACUACUGGUAAUGGGGUAGAAUUAAGACUCACUUCUGUAGAUCCAAUACAAUGGGAUACACACUGGAAAUUAUGUUUUCAAAAAUUGUUCAACACAGACGGUAAUGUGGUUUCACCCUUUAAGGCAGAUAUUGAUAGAGCCGUCAGGAAACUGUCAUCAACUAGUCUAAACUUUUUAGAAAAAUGUGAAAAAUUGAAAAAUAACCCUUUCAUUGAUGAUGAGAAAGUAACUGGACUUGGAAUUGAAUUUACAAACUUUACAGAAACUCCUGUUAAGAAGGUUCCAAAAAAUGAUAAUAUUUCUAGAAAGAGUUCAGGGUUUUCGUUACAUAAAUCGAAUCCUUUACCAAAGUCUAUUGACCUCAAUGCUAUUGUUAAUCCACCUCUGAGUACAAAUCCAUUCAUAGAACCUGUAAUAAAAAAGCAACAAGUACAACAAAAUGGUGGAUCCAGCACCAUUGCAAGAAAUUUGAAGGAGUCUCCUCUAGGUCCGCAUCAUACCCCAAAAGAGUGUUUAUCAAUUCCCUCAAAUGUUCGGCAGCAAAAGGAGGAUCUCAUUCUUGAUGAUAGUCCAUCUCAGCAUGUGUCGAGUGGAAAUAAAAAUCUAGUUGAAAAUAGUAGUGUCAAUAAUUCAGAGGAAUUUCUUUGUCCAAAACCCACCCACGAUAAUGAAAUAACUGACCAGCCAUCUGAAUACGGUAAUACUUUACAGGAUAAAAACCCAUCUAAUUCGAGUGCAAUUGUGCCUGAGAACUCUCACCAAUAUAAUUUACCUUCAUCAACCUCAAAGACGGAUUUAUUCGAGGAAUACCUACAUAUAUUUGUUAAUUCCUCAUACCUACCUAUUUUUGAAGAUCCAAACAGCAAAAUAUCAUUUUGGAAUGGAACUACAUGGGAAAUGCCUGACACCGAUGAAAAAAUGCAACUUACAAUCAUUUCAGUUGACAAUAACUCUCCUCUUCUAUUUUAUCACAAUGGGAUGGAUGUUCACUCUUGUACAUUUGCACUUCUGUUAACGACAAAAUGUAAGGCUGGUAGAGCAACAGCCCAAGAUAUUCAAAUACGAUUCCAGAACUCUUCUGUUCUCUGUGGGUCUAUAAAGAACAGUACUGUAAUGAAUAUCAGGACUCCACAAGCAGAUGUGUUACUCAGGCUCAUCCAGGAUUGUAUAUAUGAUAAAGCGAUUAUAUCUCAAGAUAGUAGGAGCGACAUCAAUACCAGUACAUCUUCAAAAUCCCAAAAUAAUGAACUAUCAUUGGAGAAUGGGAGAGUACUAAUCUCUAACAUUAAAGUCAAGUUGCAUAUCUUAAAAGAUUCUCGAUGGUAUCCCACAAGUAUUGGGAGAAUAACCAUCAUUGACCAAACUCAUAAAGAUGGAGCAACAUUAAUAUUUAUGUUCAUAGAUAAUAACAAAAGACAGAACAAAUUUUCCUCCCUCCAAUAUAAUAUCGGAAGGCUUGGAAAUACAGGAAUUUCAUUGACCAACACACAAGAAGGUAGGUUAUUUGAAUUUACUAACCAAAAUGUAGCGAAUGAAAUAUACAAUCUUAUUAUAUAG